GAUGCGCACGUUUCGGCGCUCGCCGAGGGAAAAGGGACGCCGCGAUCGUGACUUUGGGACAUGAGAGCGACGAUGAAGCCCGCCAGCCUGCAAAGCAGCACCUGAGAAGCACGCUAGCGUGUAACAGUACGCACAACACCGGAUUCGGCUAGUUCGCGCAUAUUUUACAUAGGAUCAAUCUCUGAUUAUAACGUUGAUCCUGAAACGAUUGGAAAGCUACUCUUUCUAUCAUCGAGGGGAGUGAAUUGUGCAUUUAUUAGUCCCUGUUGGGAAUACUCUAUCACUACCUGUAAUAGCACUUCUUGUGCAGCGCCCUAAGAGGUUCUCGAGGUCCAUAAUAUAGGACACGAGGGCCAUGUCAUCGGGCGCAGGUUCAAGUGGAACUGGCCGAGGGCGUGGUUCAUCAGUAGCAGAUAAUAAACCAGAAAACAAGGAACCGAAGCCAAAUCCAAAGAUGUCAAAAGCUUUAGGAACAUCUGCCAAAAGGAUACAGAAAGAGUUGGCAGAGAUCACAUUAGACCCUCCACCAAACUGCAGUGCAGGACCUAAGGGAGAUAAUUUAUACGAAUGGGUAUCCACUAUACUUGGACCUCCUGGUUCAGUUUACGAAGGAGGAGUAUUCUUCUUAGACAUACAUUUUUCUCCGGAAUAUCCUUUUAAACCGCCAAAGGUCAUAUUCCGAACUCGCAUCUAUCAUUGUAAUAUAAACAGUCAAGGAGUCAUUUGCUUGGACAUACUAAAGGACAAUUGGUCGCCUGCACUCACUAUUUCCAAGGUCUUACUGUCUAUUUGUUCACUUUUGACAGACUGCAAUCCAGCGGAUCCCCUUGUGGGAAGUAUAGCAACACAGUAUCUUCAGAAUAGAGAAGAGCACGAUCGUAUAGCACGGCUUUGGACUAAGCGUUAUGCAACAUGAACGACUUUUCAAAAAGAGCUGCCCUUUUCAUUCCUUCGAAACGAAGAACGGCCACUUAAGG